AACAACAAAAUGGAACGAGAAACCAGGGAAAUGGCGAUACAAAACAUCAAACUCAUUCAACCGUUUGAUGGUGAUCGAAAUUACUUGGCACUCUUUAUUCAAGGUGUCGAUGCGAUCAUGCCACAGUCUCCUGUUAUAUCGGAAGAGACGAAAGUAUUCUAUCUACACUGUGUUAUAAAAAUACUCAGAGGCGCUGCAUUAGACGUGGUUAGACGAGAGCAACCACCAGAUUGGAUAACGCUGAGGCAACUACUUAUAGAUGAAUUCGGAGAACACACGGCAGUUUCAACACUAAUCCUAGAAAUAAGCAAUAUUAAAUUUAAAAAUAAUGUUAAGCUACUAUGCGAAGAGAUUAAUUUAGAAGUUUGUAAAGUAAAAGAUGUUAUCAAACUAAAAAAUGAAAGUUGCUCAACUAAAAUAUUUUUGUAUAAUGAAUUAGAUCAAAUAACACCGAUUUGGGUGGUACCAAAGAAGUCAGAUGCUUCAGGUAAAAAGAAGUGGAGGAUUGUUGUCGAUUUUCGCAAGCUCAAUAGUAUUACUAGUGAUGAUAGGUAUCCCAUUCCUAACAUGGAUGAAAUUCUCGAAAAACUAGAUAGAAAAUAA